UUCACAUAGAGGAAAACAGAGAGAUCGUGUGAAAACGUAUCAUAUUCGAUGGCAGACCCUAAUUUCUCGACUGGAGAGCCAUCUUCUGUGAAAUCUCCUAAUUUCUCGAUUGGAGAAACAACAUCCGAUUUGGAUUUGUUUGGUAAACGAAAAAGAGGAAAUGAUAUUAAGGAAAUCGAUUCCGGCAUGGCGAAGGAGGCUAAGAAAACGAAGGAGGUUUUGGAAUUCACAGAUUUCUUUGGUCUAUUGAGUAUCUACAAAAAAAAGAUGAUCUUCGAAAAGGAAGAUUUCGAUCCUAUGGUAGAUUAUGUCGCAAGUGAUGACGACGAGGAAGAUAUAAACGAUAUGAAAGAACAUCCUUACGACCGCGAGGCUGUUCUAAAAUACAUAAGCCAAGUCCGCAAUAGCGGUGGUUUUGAUGUGGAUGUGCAUAUUCCUGGUUGGUUACAUGCGGGCUUGGUUAAUUUCUUCCCUAAUAUGAUGUCUUACCCCAACCAACGUGAUUUUAUCUACAAGCUAGCACAGGUUGCGAUUGAUGAAAUCAAGAAAAGCAAAAGUUUUGAGCUUGUGGAAGUUGUGAAAGCGGUCAGCUCAAACCCGUGCUAUGGCCUAGUGUAUUUGACUCUGGCUGUGAAAAAAGAUGGAGGGGAGGGAGAAGAAGCUGCUACUAUACAAGCAAUCGUCAACUGUCACUGGGACAGCCCUUUGGAACUCAAGGAGUGGAGGGUUAAACCAGAGGUGGAGGCUUGAUUGUUCCACUCUCUACUAUGUCUGAUAUUAGAUAUGUUUAUCAGAAUGAAUAUAUCAUGCAUGAACCCAUCAUCAGCUUUCACCCUAUCUAAAAUAGUUUUGUUUAUGUUCAAAUUCUGCUACUAUGUGUUUGUCCACUAAUGCUAGUUGUGUUGUCUAAUUGCUCAUAAUCUGUAUGAAAUCGUUCACUGAAUUAAAAUGUAUGUCAUAUAUUUCCUUCUUA